AACUUAGAAAAACACACGCAGUGGGGUAUUGAUGUUCUGGAAAAGUACAUCAAGUUUGUAAAAGAAAGAACAGAGAUUGAACUCAGCUAUGCAAAGCAGCUUAGGAAUCUUUCAAAGAAAUACCAACCCAAGAAGAACUCCAAGGAGGAGGAAGAAUACAGGCUUUGCUGGCCAAAAUUUUGCUUGCUUAGACAGGAUUUUGCCAGGUACACAUCAACUAGAGCCUUCCUAGCCACUUUAAAUGAAAUGAAUGACUAUGCUGGACAGCACGAGGUCAUUUCAGAGAACAUGACCUCUCUGAUCACUGGAGAGUUAACACGCUACGUGCAGGAGCUGAAACAGGAGAGGAAAUCGCACUUCCAUGAUGGCAGAAAGGCACAACAACACAUUGAAACUUGCUGGAAACAACUUGAAGCAAGUAAAAGGCGGUUUGAGCGUGAUUGCAAAGAAGCUGAUCGAGCACAGCAAUAUUUUGAGAAGAUGGAUGCUGACAUCAACGUGACAAAAGCAGAUGUUGAAAAGGCAAGACAGCAAGCCCAGCUGAGACAUCAGAUGGCAGAAGACAGCAAAGCUGAAUAUUCUUCCACCCUACAGAAGUUUAACAGUGAGCAGCAUGAGCAUUACUACACACACAUACCAAACAUCUUCCAGAAAAUACAAGACAUGGAGGAAAGAAGAAUCGUGAGGAUAGGUGAAUCCAUGAAAACCUUCGCAGAAGUCGACCGCCAAGUGAUCCCUAUCAUUGGGAAGUGCCUGGAUGAAAUAACAAAAGCUGCAGAAUCAGUGGAUCACAAGAAUGAUUCCCAGAUGGUAAUAGAAGCCUUUAAAUCAGGGUUCGAGCCUCCGGGAGACGUCGACUUUGAGGAUUUCACACAGCCCAUGAAGAGGACAGUGUCUGAAUCCAGCCUUUCCAACUCCAGAGGGGAUGGGAAGUCAGAGCCCAAGUUCGGUAGCAAAUCCAAGGGCAAGUUAUGGCCAUUCAUCAAGAAAAAUAAGAUAAUAGAAACGCUACUGGGCACUAAGCUUAUGUCCCUUUUAACAUCCCCCCAUCAGCCCCCUCCUCCUCCCCCUGCCUCUGCCUCACCCUCUGCUGUUCCAAACGGCCCCCAGUCUCCCAAGCAGCAAAAGGAACCCCUCUCCCAUCGCUUCAACGAGUUCAUGACCUCCAAACCCAAAAUCCACUGCUUCAGGAGCCUAAAGCGCGGGCAGACACAGUCUUUGUAUAUUCACAAAGAACUCAUGAAGAGGACUUUAGGGACACCCACGUGUGCCGUUGAGGCUAGGGAAUAUGUUCUUUCUCUCAAGCUGAUAAAUCUGAAUACACAGGUCUGGAGUCUAAUAGAGGGAGCAGGCCCAGAAGACUUCAGCAAUCUCCCACCUGAGCAGAGAAGAAAGAAGCUUCAGCAAAAGGUCGAUGAACUAAACAGGGACAUUCAGAAAGAGAUGGAUUCCAGAGAUGCCUUAACAAAGAUGAAAGACGUGUACAUCAAGAACCCCCAGAUGGGAGACGCAGCGAGUGUGGACCACAGAUUGGCAGAGCUUGGGCAGAACAUUGAAAAGCUGCGAUUAGAAGUUCAGAAAUUCGAGGGCUGGCUGGCAGAGGUGGAGGGGCGGCUGCCGGCACGGACGGAGCAGCCCCGGCGGCAGAGCGGGGUGUACGAGGCGCAGAACCCGUCAGGAGUGAACAGCUGUGCCCAGGACCGCGAGAGCAGCCCCGAUGGCAGUUACACAGAGGAACAGAGCCAGGAGACUGAGAUGAAAGUACCUGCAACAGACUUUGAUGAUGAGUUUGAUGAUGAAGAACCACUACCCACCAUAGGAACAUGUAAAGCACUCUAUACAUUUGAAGGUCAGAAUGAAGGAACAAUCUCUGUAGCAGAAGGAGAGAUGCUCUAUGUAAUAGAAGAAGACAAAGGCGAUGGGUGGACGCGAAUCCGAAGGAACGAAGAUGAGGAGGGCUAUGUCCCCACAUCCUAUGUUGAAGUCUAUUUGGACAAAAAUGCCAAAGAUGUGCACAAACCACUUCAGAAAAUCUCUGAGUAGGUUUGCAUAGGCCUGUCCACCCUUUAUUCUCCUGGUUUGCUGCUACGGUUGUUUUAAGAGCUCUGUUUGAGAAGGUUUUCUUUAGAAGAGAUGAAUGCACAUGUCAUAUCUCCAUCACUGAAAGACUUUGUUAGGUACCAGCUCGGCUCUGAAAUGCCGAUGAAGGUGCUGCCCUGACUGUGUCCAUUUAGUGCAAACAGCAUUGCUGUCCUUCUGAAUAGAAAUGAGAGCUGCAAGCUCUGCUCCUGUUGGGAUUCCUGCAGGAAGCUGUUCUGUGCACACCUGGGUGUAGCACCUUGCAGGGCUUUUCUGUACCUGUCGGGUGUCUGGUGCUGAGAACUCUCAAACACAGGAAUUAGUUGGGCCUUUCAGCUCAAGCCUGACCAGCCUGUGUUACUGACCAUGGUACCUCAUCAUCUGCUUGGGAACAAAACUCUUUCACUGAGGGAUGUUGUGAAAUCGUGUGACACAAAAAAGCCUGCAUGGAGUAACCAGCUCCGAACAAACCCUGCAUUGCACCCAACAGAAAUGCCACGUUCCCUUCCAGCAGAAAGCCUGGAUUUUUGUUUGGGUGACAUGCAGGAAUAGAGGCUGGUUUGGGAAGUUAAACUUCAUGAUAAAAACUAUUUUGGAGCCGUGGGCUGAUGAGCAUUUUGGGUCCUUUGCAGCUGUGGGUCUGUUCCCCCUCACCUCUGAUGAUAUCAAUAAUUCCUUAUGGGCAGCUCUGGCAUUCCCAGUGCUGCAGCUCUGCUGUUUGCUGUAACCAUCAUGCAGAGCCUUGACUUACAUAAAGAAAUAGGUAAAAGUUAACCAUGCUGAUGCACUUUUUAUCUAGGAUAUAUCUGAUUAUUUAAUGCUUGCCAAAUUAUUUAGGAAUUGGUAAUUAUAAACUGGACUGUGGCUUUUUAAAAUCCUUUUGUUAAAUACAUGCCCUUAGUUCUCCCAGUAUAUAAAAAAAAUUGUAUAUAACAUAACUUAAAAACUAAAGUUACUUGAAUUUGAGUUGUUUUUAUCCUUUUAUAUGUGUAUAAAUAUAAAUGGUUCUCUAGGCUGUUCUUCUGCUUAACCCAGCUGUUUUGGUAACUACUCAGUCCCUCUGAUGUUGAUAAGUGUUUUUGGUUACUCAGCUGCCUGCACCUGGACCUGCAUAGGAACUGCUGUUUUGUGUUAAGGUUUGUUCAGUCUGGCCAGUGUGGUUGUCUUGUUUCUAUUCUUAUUUUUUAAAGAAUCAUCAUCUGUCAGGAAUCUCUUUAUAGCUUGAUGUACCAUGGUGUCUUCUUCUAAUAAACAUUAUAUUUUCUCAUU